AUGAAGUUCUUCACCGUCACCGCUACUGUCGCUGCCUGCGCAAUGAUCAACAUCAACUUCGUCGCCGCUGAAACUUCGAAAGGAGCCUCAUGGGCGUACAAGCACAACGACGCCGAUAUGGCCAGCCCCGAGCAAUGGGCCGAGCACUACCCCACUUGCGGCGGCUCGCGCCAAUCUCCCGUCGACAUCAAAGUGACCACCGGCGGAGGCUUGACGGCUCGCUCGCUAUCGUUCAGUGGGUCGUGCGGCGACUUCAACCUCACGGAGUCGGACGAGUCGUUCAAGGGGGCUGUGGUCGGCGGUUCUUGCUCCGUCUCAGCCAACGAUGCAACCUACGAUUUGACCCAGUUCCACUUGCACUCGCCGUCCGAGCACACAAUCGACGGCAAGGCCCUGGACGGAGAGGCCCACUUCGUACACAGCAACAACGCUGUCACGCCCGACAAGUCGCAGUUGUUGAACCUCGCCUCGUACGCUGACCUUAUCAACACCAAGGCGGACGCUGACCGCGUAUACAACUACCCCGGUAGCCUCACGACACCGGCCUGUGACGAGAUCGCCGACUGGUGGGUGGUGCCGACGCCCGUCAAGCUCUCCAAGACCGACUUCGAGCGCCUGCAGAAGAACCUCAAGGAGCUGCACGUAGCCGACGACGGCAAAAACGCUCGCCCCGUGCAGCCGCUCAACGGACGCUCCAUCGCCAGUCUCAAGUAA